CACCCCCACCUCACGGGUACGGGCCAUUCCCGGCCAGGAAACGCCGUGGCGCCGCGUUGGGCCUAACUCGAGUCUCGCUGCCUCCCGGGAGUGCCGUGCGCCGCAGCCCGGGCCCAGGCCCCGGCAGCGCCUGGGUCAAGGAUUCCUCAUGUCCGUAACAUGUUGGCUCAGGCUCUGCAGCUCACCCCCACUCUCUGAGUGGUCAGUCUCCAUUAAUUGGACCCCGUGAUUUCCACUCACUGCUGUCUUGGACGUCAUGAGCAUUGCAAUCCCUCUGGGAGUCACCACACCAGAUACAUCCUACUCAGAUAUGGCUGCUGGAUCAGAAAAGGAAGUGGAAGCCCCCUACCUUUCAAGACGAAGUGGCACUACACCAGGAUGUGAAAGUCCAGCGAAAGAGACCCAAGGGGCCUAGGGGGCAGCACACCCCCAGAAGCCAAGUCUAUUCCAGGCAGUACCAGGGAUUAGGGUCUGGGCUGGAAAAAUCCUGGUGUUUUGAAUAUGUUCAGGUCCAGUUCAGACUCUUGAUCCCACAGCCACUUCUUGAGUGAGAAAUGACCUUUGCUGUUAAUAAUAAGACCCCUUCUCACAGUUGUGGAGCAUAAAACUAGGGUAUCCUGUCUUGGUAGUGAAUGGAAGAGGGCCUGGUCCCUGGGGCAGUGCAGAAGGCACUUUCAUCAUCUCACUCACUGCAAAUGUCAUGUGAGGUUUCAUGGAAGUAUUAAGAGAUCCAAUUAAGAAGAAUAGUUCUGAGUCUAAACCAGCCCAGAGUGGCUUCUCUAGGGGAAACUCCCCGCUCUGCUGCCCUGAAUCUGUGGAGGCUAGUCCAGCAGUUAAUGAGAAGAGCGUGUAUUCCACUCAUAAUUAUGGGACCACUCAGAGGCAUGGGUGUCGAGGACUGCCUUAUGCUGAUCAUAAUUACGGAGCCCCUCCUCCUCCGACACCUCCUGCUUCUCCCCCUGUCCAGACGAUCAUCCCUCGUUCUGACCUGAAUGGCCUGCCGUCGCCCGUAGAGGAACGCUGUGGAGACAGCCCGAACUCUGAAGGAGAGACUGUUCCUACCUGGUGUCCUUGUGGUCUUUCUCAGGAUGGCUUCCUUCUCAACUGUGACAAGUGCAGGGGAAUGAGCAGGGGGAAGGUUAUUAGACUUCAUCGGCGGAAGCAGGACAACAUAUCAGGUGGGGAUAGCAGUGCAACAGAAAGCUGGGAUGAGGAGCUUUCUCCUUCCACUGUGUUGUACACAGCAACACAGCACACACCUACAAGCAUCACCUUAACUGUUAGAAGAACCAAACCCAAGAAGCGAAAAAAGAGUCCAGAAAAGGGUCGUGCAGCACCAAAGACGAAGAAGAUUAAGGCAUUUCAAGAGGGAUCCCGGAAGUCCUUGCGGAUGAAGAAUUCUCCCUCUGAAGCACAGAAUUUAGAUGAAAAUACCACUGAGGGCUGGGAAAAUCGGAUAAGACUAUGGACUGAUCAGUAUGAAGAAGCUUUCACUAAUCAGUACAGUGCAGAUGUACAGAAUGCCCUUGAGCAACAUCUACAUUCUAAUAAGGAAUUUGUUGGCAAACCUGCUAUUUUAGACACUAUUAAUAAGACUGAACUGGCCUGUAAUAAUACAGUAAUUGGUUCACAAAUGCAGUUACAGCUGGGGAGAGUCACUCGUGUUCAGAAGCAUCGGAAAAUCCUGAGAGCUGCAAGAGAUUUGGCUUUGGACACUCUUAUAAUAGAAUAUCGUGGGAAAGUCAUGUUACGACAACAGUUUGAGGUCAAUGGGCAUUUCUUCAAAAAACCAUAUCCCUUUGUGCUCUUCUACUCAAAAUUCAAUGGUGUAGAGAUGUGUGUGGAUGCUCGUACUUUCGGUAAUGAUGCUCGGUUCAUCAGGAGAUCAUGUACACCAAAUGCAGAGGUGAGACACAUGAUUGCAGAUGGGAUGAUUCACCUGUGUAUCUAUGCUGUCUCUGCUAUCACCAAGGAUGCUGAAGUCACUAUUGCUUUUGAUUAUGAAUAUAGUAACUGUAAUUACAAAGUGGACUGUGCGUGUCACAAGGGAAACCGGAAUUGCCCUAUACAAAAAAGAAAUCCCAAUGCUGCAGAAUUGCCACUCCCACCUCCUCCUAGCUUUCCCAUUAUUGGAGCAGAGACCAGACGUAGAAAAGCGCGGCGGAAAGAGCUGGAAAUGGAGCAACAAAAUGAGACUCCAGAAGAGAAUCAUAACCUACAACCACAAGAAGUUCCAGAAAAAGUAGCUGUUUCCAGUGAGCAUGAGGAAGCUGACAAUCCAGAAGAAAAACCUGAAGAAGAAAAAGAUGAGCCUACAGACGACCAGGAGAAUCCAGCUCAUAGCAGGAGGACUCGGGAAGAUAGGAAGGUUGAAGCCAUCAUGCAUGCUUUUGAAAAUUUAGAAAAAAGAAAGAAACGACGGGAUCAGCCUGUAGAACAGAGCAGCUCAGACGUAGAGAUUACUACCAGCAGUUCAGAGACAGCCGUUGGAGAAGAGACAAAAACUACAGCUCCUGAGGCUGAAGUUAGCAACCCUGUUUCAAAUAUUGCCAUCCCAAGCACCCCACAGAGCACUGGUGUGAAUACAAGGAGGUCUUCCCACACUGGGGAUGUAGCUGCAGAAAAACCAAUCCCCAAACCACCUCCAGCUAAGCCUUCUAGACCCCGACCGAAGAGUCGAAUUUCUCGGUACCGGACCAGUUCAGCCCAAAGACUAAAACGCCAGAAGCAGGCCAGUGCACAGCAGGCAGAGCUUUCACAAGCUGCCUUGGAUGAAGGAGGAAGUAACAGCUCAGUAACUCCUCCUGAAGCUGGAAACAUAGACAGUUCAGGAGAGAACAGACAGUUAAUGGGGUCUGAACCAACUGUGGUAUCAGCUACUGGAUCUCAUGUCAUCCGUGCUGCGUCUAAAUACCCUAAAACCAAAAAGUAUCUAGUUACAGAAUGGUUGAAUGACAAAGCAGAGAAGCAAGAAUGUCCUGUUGAGUGUCCUUUACGUAUCACCACUGACCCAACUGUGUUGGCUACAACCCUCAACAUGCUACCGGGUCUUAUUCAUUCCCCGUUAAUUUGUACCACCCCUAAACACUACAUUCGCUUUGGCUCACCCUUUAUGCCUGAGAGGCGUCGAAGGCCCCUUCUGCCUGAUGGCACAUUCAGCUCCUGUAAGAAGCGCUGGAUAAAGCAAGCCUUGGAAGAAGGGAUGACUCAGACAUCAUCUGUGCCCCAAGAGACUAGAACACAGCAACUAUACCAAAGUAAUGAGAAUAGUAAUUCUUCUAGUAUCUGUAAAGACAAUGCAGACUUACUGAGCCCUUUAAAGAAAUGGAAGUCUCGCUAUCUGAUGGAGCAGAAUAUCACCAAGUUGCUUCGGCCUCUGUCUCCAGUUACACCACCCCCUUCCAGCUCAGGCUCAAAGAGUCCCCAGCUGUCCACACCUGGCCAGACUCACCCAGGAGAAGAGGAGUGUCGAAAUGGAUACAGCCUCAUGUUCUCACCAAUCACAUCUCUUACUACUGCUAGUCGUUCCAACACUCCUCUGCAGUUUGAGCUUUGUCACCGAAAAGACCUGGAUUUGACAAAAGUGGGAUACCCAGACUCCAGCGCUCACAGCUGUGCUGAUAGACCUUCCCUGCUCAACUGUAGUCAUCCGGACCUGACUUCUCAUCCCUCUGUUGUUCCAACCUCAGAGGCUGGCUUCUCAAGCAGGAGUGGAGAUGGCCCUCAGACCUUGCUUAGAAACUCAGACCAGGCAUUUAGGACAGAGUUCAACUUGAUGUACGCCUACUCCCCUUUGAACGCUAUGCCUCGAGCAGAUGGACUGUAUAGAGGGUCCCCCUUGGUGGGGGACAGGAAGCCUUUACAUUUAGAUGGAGGAUAUUGCUCCCCUGCAGAAGGCUUUUCCAGUAGAUAUGAACAUGGUUUUAUGAAAGACCUCUCUCGUGGAUCCAUGUCACCUAGUGGUGAAAGAGCCUGUGAAGGAGUCCCAUCUGCUCCUCAGAACCCACCACAAAGGAAAAAAGUAUCCUUGCUAGAGUACCGCAAACGGAAACAAGAAGCCAAGGAGAAUUCUGGUGGGGGAAGUGACUCUUCACAGAGCAAAAGCAAGUCUGCAGGAGCUGGGCAAGGCAGCAGUAACUCUGUUUCUGACGCUGCCGCCCAUGGUGUGCAGGGAUCCUCAGCCCGAACCCCCUCAUCCCCUCACAAAAAAUUCUCCCCAUCUCAUUCCUCUACAUCACAUUUGGAGGCGGUAAGCCCAUCAGAUUCCAGGGGCACUUCUUCCUCUCACUGCAGACCUCAAGAAAACAUCAGCAGUAGGUGGAUGGUUCCAACAUCAGUUGAGCGACUCCGAGAAGGAGGAAGCAUCCCUAAAGUUCUCCGAAGCAGUGUGAGAGUGGCCCAAAAGGGAGAGCCCUCUCCCACAUGGGAGAGUAACAUCACAGAGAAAGAGUCAGACCCUGCAGAUGGAGAAGGCCCAGAACCGUUGAGCUCAGCACUCUCUAAAGGAGCAACUGUUUACAGCCCUUCCAGAUACAGCUACCAGCUCCUGCAGUGUGACAGUCCACGGACAGAAUCACAAAGCCUCCUUCAGCAGAGUUCGUCCCCCUUCAGAGGACAUCCCACCCAGUCUCCAGGAUACAGUUAUCGAACUACUGCACUGAGACCUGGAAACCCCCCCUCUCAUGGUUCUUCAGAAUCAUCCCUUUCUUCCGCAUCCUACCCUAGCCCUGCCCACCCUGUGUCCACAGACUCAUUGGCCCCAUUUACGGGGACUGCAGGGUAUUACAGCAGCCAGCCGCAUUCUGGAAACAGCACUGGCAGCAAUCUUCCGAGGAGGAGCUGUUCUUCGAGUGCUGCUAGCCCUACCCCACAGGGCCCCUCAGACUCACCAACCUCAGACUCGGUUUCUCAGCCCAGCACAGGAACACUGAGUUCCACCUCCUUUCCUCAGAACUCUAGGUCAUCAUUGCCAUCAGACUUACGGACUAUCAGUCUGCCCAGUGCUGGGCAGUCAGCUGCCUACCAGGCCUCCAGGGUAUCUGCGGUUUCCAAUUCACAGCACUACCCACAUCGUGGGAGUGGGGGUGUACACCAGUACCGACUCCAGCCACUGCAAGGGUCAGGAGUCAAGACUCAGACAGGACUUUCCUAGGGCUUCUGGAUAUGGGCAAACUGAACUUGAUGAGCCCAUAGCUGCUUCCUUCCAGCUGCCUCUGGAACCAAGGCCGAGCAUAUUGCUGGGGAAGAGGGGUACAAGGUGCCAGAGGAAUGGGUCUGGUCAGCAAGAAAUAAGACUUGUGGUCGUGACUGGCCUCCGGCCCUGGAGAAAGAUGUAAAUCUUGUCUGAAGCAGAGACUAUAAAGAAGUUUCUCCCUGCUGUAAGGGUACAUUGUUAACAAGCAAAUGGUGUUCCGAUUAGUAACGGUUCUAAGUGCAAUGACUUGUGUUGAAGCCUAUGUCUCCCAUCCUUGCCUGUAGCCUGUAGUCACUUGUGCAGUAAGGACAUCUUUUUCAAUAAAAAAAAACAAAACUUUUUUUUCUUUUCAAAAGAAAAAAGUGGAAAGAGCCAAUCUCAAAGCCCCAAGCCAUCUGAGUAGUGUUAGGGUUUUAUGCACUUAAGGAAAAAAAAAAGGUAGGUAUGUAGUUUGCUGUGAGACAACCAUUCCAAGAGCAGGUGCAUGGUCAAGGUGUGUCCACCAGGAGUACUCCCUACCUUUGUCUUAAAGGAAGUGGGCAGAGAGGAAUGCUUGCCACCUACUCUGAGGCUUGCCUGGCUCUCUAAGAAGAGCUAGUGGUCAGCUUUUGGUUAUUUGGGAGCAGAUUGGGGUGGGUUGGGCCCCAGCUGUUACCAUCUCACUCCUUCCCUCAUUUCAGUGGCUUAAUAAUAAAUAGCCCAGUGAAGUCAGCAGAGAAGGAGGUGGUCCCGUUUAGGAAGGAUCCAGUGGUCUGGGGAACCUUCGAAUUUUAAUUUUCCUAUUCCCAGUUAAUCAGGAGUUGCCGUCCUAAAAGCAGGACUGCUCCAUGACUGAGAAGCAUGCACUCAUGACUGCAGGGUAAGAAUGGGGCAGAUAGGGUUGUAGAGUGGCACCGACAGGGCUGUGAUUGUGUGUGGGGUCUGCCCCACAUUUCUUUAGGGGAUGCUUACAUGAGAGUGGGCAGGUGAGAGUUAACAAAUCACCCAUACCCCUAACACUGUUCUGGAUGAGAGACAAGAGCAGACUGGCUUCUCCCCAUCAGUGCAUUGUGCCUGCUGUACACCCCUGGAGGAGCCUAGAGCCAGCCCAGGUGGGGUACACAAUCUUUUUAAAUUCCAUAUGGUUGCCAGCUUAUUUCUUUCACUUGUUUACUGUAAUACCUGGCGUGUUUUUAUUUAUCUAAUUUUGUAUUCAGCUAUAACCUUGGUAGGGUAGCGAGUGUAUGACAGUGUGAUCCCUGGUGCUGCAGUGGACCGUACUUCUUUUGGACAAGAUAUACUGUGAGUCUCCCUCCUUACCUCUAAUCUGUUUUCUUUCCCAUUCCCCAGCCUCUUUCAUCUCCUUCUUUUCUACCCUGACCUACAACUAUCAUAUGCACAGUCUUCUCUCUUUGUGUGUGACUGUUACAAAAUUUCACUUUUCAAAAUUGAAAUCAGGUGUUUGCUCAAAUGAGGGGAGAUUUUUCUGUUGUGGUUUUAGUUUUUUGUUUUUAAUGCUGAACCAUCAGCAUAGUACUUUUUCUUUUUUUUUUUUCCUUUUUUUUUCUGUUUUGUUUUCCCCCACAAACCCAUCAGUCUGGGAGAGCAUUGGGAGUGGAAAUCAUGUUGCCUGGGAUGCCGGUUUCUUUGUAUAUUAUAUAAAACGUAUGUAAAUGUCUCUCCAUUUGGGCUGGGGUUUGCAUUCUCCCCUUGGCUUUUAGCCAAGGGGAGAGGCCAGCGGGCAGGCGGCCCUCACCCUGCCUGGCACGUGCAGAGACCCCAGCCACUUUGUGUGGGCAGGGUGCUGUCAAGACCAGACCUCUGGGGGGGAGGGGGGAGGGGGGACUCUUGGAAGGGAAGGAGCAUUGCUUCUUCCUCAAGUGGAGUGUUUACACCUUGCUGUAACAUUUGAACUUUCACAAGAGAUGUAAUAAUUUUGAUAAUAAAAUUCUUAACCAUAA